GUGCGCGCCUGCUGAAUUGCAAACGCGCCCUGCCCGCCCAUGAUUGUAGACUCGGGUAGGCGCUCCCUUCUGUAUCGAUUAAGUUGGUUCAAAGAUGGCGGAUUUCCUGCCGUCCCGGUCCGUUCUAACUGUAUGUUUCCCUAACUGCCUGCUUACUAGCAAUGAGGUUGAACAAUUGAGGAAAUCGAGGGAGAUCGACAGGUGUAUUUCCCGGGAGAAAACAUACGUGAAACGGCUAGUAAAGAUCUUAUUAUUGGGUGCUGGUGAGAGCGGCAAGUCAACUUUCCUCAAGCAAAUGCGUAUCAUCCAUGGACAGGACUUCGAUCAGCGGGCCAAAGAAGAGUUCCGGGGUACAAUCUACAGCAAUGUAAUCAAAGGGGUUCGAGUGCUGGUAGAUGCCAGAGAGAAGCUGCACAUCCCCUGGGGCGAUCCCUCCAACCAGUCGCACGGGGAGACGAUGAUGGGCUUCGACACUCGUUCCGCCAUGAUGGCGCAGGGCAUGGUGGAGACCAAGGUCUUCCUGCGCCUCCUGCCCUCCAUCCGCUCCCUGUGGAACGACAGCGGCAUCCAGAACGCCUACGACAGGAGGCGGGAGUUCCAGCUGGGUGAAUCGGUGAAGUAUUUCUUGGAUAACGUGGAUAAGCUUGGAGAACCGGAAUACUUGCCCACGCAGCAGGACAUACUUUUAGCCCGCAAGCCAACAAAGGGCAUCCAUGAGUACGACUUUGAGAUCAGGAAUGUGCCCUUCAAGAUGGUGGACGUGGGCGGGCAGAGGUCGGAGCGCAGGAGGUGGUUUGAAUGCUUCGACUGCGUCACCUCCAUCCUCUUCCUGGUCUCAUCCAGCGAGUUUGACCAGGUGCUGAUGGAGGACCGGCAGACAAACCGGCUCAUGGAGUCACUCAACAUCUUCGAGACAAUAGUCAACAACCGCGUCUUCAGCAACGUCUCCAUCAUUCUCUUCCUCAACAAGACAGACUUGCUGGAGGAGAAGGUAAAAAACGUGGCCAUAAAAGACUAUUUUCCUGAUUAUACAGGGGACCCCCACAGCCUGGCGGACGUGCAGAAGUUUCUGGUGGAGUGUUUCCGCAGCAAGCGUCGGGACCAACAGCAGAAGCCGCUCUACCACCACUUCACCACGGCCAUUAACACAGAGAACAUUCGACUGGUUUUCCGUGAUGUCAAGGACACCAUCUUGCAUGACAACCUCAAGCAGCUCAUGUUACAGUGAUACUCAUCCCUAAGGACCUUUUUUUUUUUUUUCUUAACUCCAUUUAUUAACCCUUUAAAAUGUCUUGUUGGGGGAAGGAUUUUGUGACUGUCAUCAGCAGUGACUAAGUUUAAGGGGUUAAUGAGGUGAACAGGGUUGUGCACCUGUAGUGCCCAGUGCUGUAUAAAAAAAAAAAAAAACAUACUUGCUAUGAAAAUUCUAUGUAUUGGUUUUCAUUUUAAUGCUUCCCUCUUAUGUUGAAAUAACACACUGAUCUUAUGAGAAAUUUUCUAAGUAACUAACACGUAUAAGUCAAACUUAAAAUAAUGUUCAUAUCAAAGCAGUGUCUUACUGAGCCUUAAUUACUGAUGAAUUAGCAAGGGCUAAAACAAUGCAAGCCAACAGAUGUUUUAUUUUUAAUAGGAUAUGUUCUGAGUCUCUCAGAAUAGCUGUCUGGCCUUAAGUUUUAGAUUUGGGUUUCUAAUCAGUUUUCAUUGUUUUGUUUUUUUUAAUGUUUGAUUUCUUUAAGUUCUUAAAUUAUAUUCCAAAGGUUUACACUAUACCACUGUCGAUUUACUACUGCUGAUGGAUGUUUUAUCAUAGUGAAUGGGAGUGUAAUGUCAUCCAACGAGGUUGGUAUAGGCACAUGACAUGUAUUGACACCACUUGACUCAUACUGUAGUUAGCUAUGCAGUGGAGCUUGAAAGGCUACAGUAUAUGGCUUAAUCUCAGGGCUUAAUGUAGACCACUUUGUAUAUUAAUUUAAAUUUGUGUCCUUAAAAACAAACAAACCCAAAGUGCCAUAACAUCCAUUACUUAUACCUAUCAAUCCAUCAGUGGUAUUAAAUCCACACUGCUGGCUAGCUAACUUCUUCCAGUCUUCCGUGUUCACCUGAUGCUCACAAUGAAGUAGUUUUAUGCUUAAUAGGUAAUCUCUUCAUUGUGUGCAUGUCAGGGAAGGGGAUAGGUGUCUGUUUUUAUUUAUUUUUCCUUCACUAAAGUUUUCACUCUGCUGAUAGACCAACAUUUGUGUGCUUUUUCGUGUGAAAAUGCAUCUUCGUCCAAAGUGCCACGUUUUUAUGGUACCAUUAACUAAUCCAUUAUGCGUUGUCUCUGCCUGUUUCAAUUACGUACAAAAGGGAUAGAAACUAGAUGCUUGGUGAACCCUGUAAAAAGAAUUAUGUUGAUGUAGAAAGCUGUUUAUAAGUAGUUGUACAGAGAUUCUUUUUUGUCUCAAAUAGCUGUUUUUUUGGACCUUAUUCAUGUACAUGUCAAAUUAACUUACUCAAUUUUUGUAACCCACUUAAUAUGUAAUUUCUGUUUUUCCAAACAUAUUACAAUUACCAGGCUCUUAAAAUGUGCAUCCUGCCUUCUGUUUUAUGUGGGAUAACCAGCUUCAUUUUCUUAGUAUGUCAGCAUUUUGAUUAGAUGCUGAGGUGUGAUGGUAGUGCCUAUACUUGCAGACCUUCUUGCAUAAUUCUUAUAUUAAGCAGAUGCAUCUCAGGACAGUUUCUAUAUCUCCUGGUGUGGUCAGGUUGAUCACUGUGGAAUUCAGUCGUUUGCAGCAUUGUAGCCUAACUUACUGUAUGCGAUUAGUACAUGCACUGCUGCAAUGCACUGAUCUGUUUAUUGCUGUCUACUUGACGCACCUGUGCAGUGAGACCUAAAGGUUUGCUUGGAUGUUUUAUAGGUUUUCCAGUUUGUUGCAAUGUAACUUAUUUCCUGAGAAUGCAUAUAGACACUGAAGAUUGAUCAUCAGGAAAGGAAAUGAACAUCCGUUAGAAAAACUUUGCUGAUACAGUACUGUGUGUAAUGGUGUCUGGAGGUUGCAACACACACAAGCCAUGCUGUCUCCAUCGCAGUUUCCAAGUAUCUGUGACAAACCAUGAUUGAUGUGGCAUUUGAAUUCCUAUUUUAUGCACUUUUGACAAUUGCCUGACACGAAAGAAAAACCUGAUAUAAUAUGUGGAAUGGGUAAUGGCAAUAAGCUUGUCAGUACAUUGAGAUUUUUGUUUACCAUUCUAUUGAAAUAAUGCAUACAGUAAAAGUUUUGAGAUCUUUCAAAAAGAUUAAGGGAGGUUUUCAGCUCUGCAGGAAGUUUACCAUAAUCUGUGUCUUGAGUUUGAGGCUGUCGUUUGCAUUUUUAUGAAGAUGUCAACUAGACAAGCGUUUGUCAUACGACCCAUGGAGUGUGAAUGAAUCUGACCGAGCACCUUCCAAUUUGGACUGCCUUCAGAGUAUUAAAUUCACUUAAUCUCUGAUUCAAACACAGAAUUUUCACCCUGUCAAAAUAUGUCCCUGAGAGACACUGACUCACCAGUACUCUACUGUGGACAAAUAUGGUAAGCACAUUUAUUUGUCCUGAAGAAAUAGGUAAUUCUUCUGAAUUGUUAAUGCAUACUUUUCAUGCAUUAUUCUUUGGAGUCUUUCUUACUUGUUGGCAGAAAAGAUAUUUGGACUGUUAAUGAAUAACUGUCAUGGUGAUGAGAAGCUAGUUUGUUUCCCUUAAUGUCAAAAUAAGUAUAUGUAGUUGGACACACUGCAGUGACUGAUUCAAACCCUGAUUCAAGGCCAGAUAGACCUUGAUUCCUUUAUAACAGUGCUGUCUGUAUAAGGGUGGCCAGUGCAGUUGAUCCUGCAUCUUUGCAAAUGUGUUCAGAAAUUAUUUAAACCAAAAUCAGAACAGCUGCAGAAGGAGCAGCGCUUCUCCUGCCAAUGCACCUUGUGCCUCUACAAUGCCUGCAUUGUGUCAUCAGAGUGCUAAACUGUAUAAACACUGUGUAACAAGCAAAGAAGAACCCAUUGUGGGGGAUUAAAUGUUUUAAUAUUUGGGGAUAUGUGCCUUUACGUAAACCUUCCAGGGGUAAUCAAAUAAAACGGUAGACUUCAGUUUUGCGGCAUUUACUAAUGGUUUUGUCUUCCCUGUUGAGUACUAGGGUUUGGGAGGGCACCUCUGAUUGAAGUGUAAUUGGAUCCACUGUAAACCUGAUUGCAGGAUACAUUAAAAAUCCAAUCUUGUCAGUUGCUCUACAGGCCUCUCUCUGUCUCCCCCUUGGCUGACGCAGUUGACUUGUAUUAUAGAAACUAUACUGUAGCCAUUCUUUGUGCCACCUAUGCAACUUUGGGUUUUUUUUAAAGGAUGACACCAUACAGUGAGACAAAUGUUGCAUUUUUUUUUAAGCAAAAGAUGUACACAGUGUCUGCCUUUCAAGAACCAUUUAUAUGCAGAUGUUGUGUUUUCAAUGUGCAUCUUACCUCUUAUUGGAAAUGUCCUCAUGGCAAAAUGAAAUGGGCGUUUGGUCCUUAAUUAAAGGGCGUAUCAUUAUCCAGUUUUGUACUCUUAAGUACUCUUAUGUAUUUGCAUUUUAUGUGUAAAAGCAAAAGACAGCUGGUCAAACUUUUUAUUUUUAUAGUGGUAGGUGUUACCCUUACCAGACAAGCCUGGUCUUGGAGAUGUGUUCAAAAUAAAAUGGAUAGGAAAUGCUAUGAAAUGACCUAUCCAAGCCAAAUAUAGCCUGUUCUAAUAAUAUACUUCUUUAAAUAUUCUGUGGGGGUGGGGAGGGUAGUAGGAUUGUUCACCGUACAAUCUGCAUUCUAAAAAAAUAAAAAAACCUUUCAUUGUAAAUUGAGUGCUCAGUAAAAUCCGUUCUUGUACAGUUCUCGUCUAAAACUCUGGUCUCUGACACCUUUCAGUCUUCAAUAAAAAAAGAAACAUCAAAAA